GAGGAGGCACCACACUCGAGAGUUGUCGCGCGUACACGUCCGACACACCCUGCGUGUCCUCCGUUCGGCCACCUUGGGGCGUGGACAGUGUUCGGCGCUUUUUUUUUAUUAUUUUUAUUAUUAUUAUUUAUUUAUUUGUUUGUUUUAUUAUUCUUAUUAUUCCGCGUGCGUUGAAGUGUAUAUAUAAUAAUAUUAUAAGACCGUGCGUGUGUGUUCAAGUGCUCUCGUCGGGUAAUCUCAUCCGAAAUAUACGUCGCCACGGUAAAGGUCUGACGUGACGAGCUUAGGAAUCUUCGUGUACGCAAUAAUAAAUAAUAUAUAUAUAUUAACUAUAUUAUAUUAUUACACUACACCCGAUAAUAAUCUUAAAGUGGUAAAAGUAUAUAGUGUGCGGGUGGCCAGAUCUAACGGUGUGUGUGUGUGUUAUACAUUUCGAUCACACCGAUCGUUGCCGUCUUCGUCUUCCUUUCGUCGUCGUGAUCAUACGGUGUCGGUGUUUCAUUUCUACGCGAUGGGCAUACACCCGAGCGCUAUGCGGUCGUCGUCGUCGACGUCGUCGCACGGUGACAGGCAGAUGUCCGUCAGGUCCAGGCGAUCGCAGAGAAUGGGGGAUGACGGUGGAGGUUGGUGACCAGAACAGUCGCAGGGGUUGGAAAUGGGCAACAAACUGAGCUCCUGCGGACCUCUAAUCAAAAAAUCAUACAGAUACGAUGACGUUGCUGGACCAUUUCAAAGCUCGUCGAGAAGAAGAGAUGGUCAUCUUCUUAGAUUAUGGGCUGAAGUAUUUCACGUGAGUGCUAAAGGAGAAGAAAUAAAAUGGCAACAAAUAUCCGAAGAUCUCGUUCCUGUAAAUAUCACGUGCCUACAAGAUGGACCAGAGUAUAUUUUCCAUAUUACUGCUUACAACAGCCAAGUGGAAAAAAUCAUGGAUAUCCGCCUGGUUCAACCAGGCACAAAAAUAGGGUUAGCUUCAGAGUGUUUUGCGUAUUGGAAAGAACCACAUAGUAAUGACACUUGGGGCUUAAAUUUCACAUCACCAAUAGACGCUAAACAAUUUAAAGAAUGUUGCACUCCAACUGUGAAAUUGUCUCGGAAAUCAUCUUCAUCGUAUUCCUUAAAAUUAGAUACAUCAAAAAGACAAAGUACGAAAGUGAGAAAGAAACCGUUAUCGACACCAACUUCACCUAGUAGAUCAUCAAGGGAGCCACAAUGUACUUGCAUGACAGCUGAUCAAUUUAAUAGGCUCAGGGCACAAGAUCCGAGAUACAAUAAAGAACGAUCUUCUACGUUACCACGUUCUCACACUCGACAACUUUCACUUGGAGAUGGACCUUCGGAAGCUGAUAAAACAUCAGUGCCCGAAGAUACGUCCAAACAGACCAUAUCCCGAAGCUCAAAUACGAGAGACAGAGAAACUGCCACGCCCGGUGGAAAAUUAAACAUCACCGGAACUGGGUCACAAACAGAACAGGGUCAACAGGAAAGUUGUAAAAGUGAAGGAGUGCAAACAAUCGGUGCUAAAACUACGUCUACCACGGGUACAUGCACUCCAAGAAUGCCUUCUAAGGAUUAUUCUGAGGGGUACGUUGAGUCAGAUUUAUUUAAAUCAGCGACAGCUUCAAAAAAUUCAAGAAAUCAAAACAAAACAUAUAGAGAUGAUUACCGAUAUAGAGACAAUAUGGGGUCAAUGAAACGCACAUUAAAACCAAUGCCAUCAUUAGAAAGUCCUGUUACUUCACCAGAAAUGAACCGAAGACGUGGAUAUAGCUAUUACACUCAGCCACCACCCGUUUCUACGAUGGUACCCCCCAUGCCACAAUGUUCAAGACAACAAUCAGUAUCAGAACCAGAGUCUAAUGUAAAACAUAGAAAUUCACGAUUUAACAAUUCCGGUUCCCGCUCAUCAUAUGACAUUGGUCGAAAUGGUCAAGUAAGGGAUCCAAGAGGCCUUUAUUUGGAAUUGGAUAGAAAUGGACGGCCUACUCAUGGUGGAGACGUUUCACCACUUUCCGAUAACGUUAUGUUUGAUAACCAGUGUUAUGCGACGACACCUAACUCGAACAAUGGUAAUUCCGACCAGAUUCAGAGUAACACUAAGGGCAUAUCAGGACGUUAUCAAAAACAUGAUAAUCAAGCAACAAGUACUCCAGGUUCACCAACUAGUCGACUUUUACUCGAAUAUGAGAUGCACUUACGAAAUACCUUAGCACGUGGUAUGGAUGCUGAGAGUUAUAGCUUGCACACAUUUGAAGCACUAUUAACACAGAGUAUGGAAAAUUUAGAAAUGGCAGAAAAGUUGCCUCCAUUAAAUUCAAGAAGUCCGUAUCCUACGAGAAGGAGGCCGAUGAGUGCUGGAGGGAGCUUUAAUAGAUCAUCUACACUUCCGCAUCGGAUCGAAAGAUCAUCUAGUGCUACGAGAGAGGGUUAUUAUAGUGAUAGACAAGAUGCAGCAAGAGAAAGAGACAGAGAACGAGGUUACUUAUCUGAUCAUGCACUAUCUAGCAAUAAUAGAUGUGCCAACUGUUGGAACGAAUCCGCUCGAGCUCAAUGGUUUAGACAUAGUGACGGAUGGCGGUGCGGAUCUUCAGCCAUGGGGAGUAGUGCAUCGAAUGCUGGUGUUCCGUAUGGAUCUUUUGACGGACAUCAUGCACAUCAUCACAUUCCAACGUCGAGGCAAAACAAAAGAUCGGCUUGGGAAUCUUUACCGUCACUUCGGCAUGAAAACAGUGUUAUGACAGAUAGCGGAUACAAAUCUAAUAGAAAUGAUUUAUUUGAACAAAGGAUGUUUGAACGACAAGAUAGUGCCAGAAUGGAUUAUAUGGCUGAAAGAGAGGCCAGACAUAGCUUUAGUGGAAUUACACAGCAGACUUCUGUCGAAAGCACGGAUUCUCGCCUGUGUUAUCUUACAUCGUCAGAGGUGAGUGAAUUCUUAAUCAAAAGUAGCUAGCUUACAAAAUACAUA